AUGGUUGAGUCUGUGAGCCAGGCGAGCUGGGAGGAAGUCAGUAACACUUCGAUCAACGGCUCGACCAUGUCUUUAAACAUCAAGUCUAGCCAGGUAGUGCCUUCAGCCAGUAUGUUCACCAUCGGGGUGGUGGGAAAUCUCAUUGCCAUCGUGGUGCUGUGUGUCUCCAAGAAAGAACAGAAAGAGACCACUUUCUACACGUUGGUGUGCGGGCUGGCAGUGACUGAUUUACUGGGCACCUGCUGUACCAGCCCAGUGGUAAUAGCCACCUACUUAACCCAGCAAUGGCCAGGCGGGCAGCCGCUCUGCCACUUCUUCUCCUUCUCCAUGCUGUUCUUCGGCUCAGCCGGCAUGACCAUCCUGUGCACCAUGUCCAUCGAGCGCUACCUGGCCAUCAACCACGCCUUCUUCUACAGCCAAUACAUCGACAAGGCUCUGGCCAGGCUGACCCUGCUGGGAGUCUACCUGCUCAACCUGGUCUUCUGCAUCCUGCCCUUCUUCGGCUUGGGCAGCAACGUCCGGCACUUCCCUGGGACCUGGUGCUUCCUGGACUGGAGAUCCGACAGCACAGUAGCCGCCUCCUACACCUACAUCUAUGGAGGCUUCAGCGCCUUCCUGAUCCUGGUGACUGUCCUGUGCAACUUGUCGGUCUGUGUCACCCUCAUCAGCAUGAGGAAGAGAGCCAUGGGGAGGAGGGACGCCGCUGCUACCGGAGGCUCCAGGAGCCGCCGCUUCCCCAAUCUGGCCGAUUCCGCCGCCGAGAUGCAAAUGUUUUGGCUCCUGGUUCUUAUGACCAUCGUCUUCCUGGUGUGCUCCAUCCCUCUGGUGAUCCGCAUUUUUGUGAAUCAGCUGUAUGGCCCUGCACAGCUCCUGGCAGGUGAGAAGCUAGAUUACCGCGGCGAUCUUCUAGCCAUUCGUUUCGCUUCGUUCAAUCCAAUCCUUGAUCCCUGGGUGUAUAUCCUCUGCCGGAAAAAGCUUCUUACCAUGGGGUGUGAGCGGCUGAAACGAACGGUGGGUGCUGCGAGGGAUGGCCAAUCACGCAGGGUGGGUUGGGCCAGUGGCCAGCAGACACCACUUUCAAGCACCAACAGCAUUGCCACCAGCUAUGCCUCACUACAAAUAAAAGAUGAAAACAAAAUGUUGCAAGUGAAAGCCUGCCACAGAACUGCUGACUUGACUCAUUCAUUCACAGACUUCACGAACCAGCAACUGUGGGAGGCCGUAGCUCACCCCUUCAGUAUCCCUAAUGAGAAUCACACUGGCAUCACUAAGACUCAUUCUGAAAGCCCUCCACAGUCUAAUGCUAUUCUAUGCACAAUACUAAAGAAAACUAUGAUACCAGAUGUCAGUGUACAAAAUAAUGCUGCUCUGAGCCAGGAGAGGAGAACUUUUGACAUUUUGAAUUUGGAGGAAGGUGCCUGUCGGGGCCUGCUGCGGCAAUGUGGUGGAUCUGGGUGUCCAUUCCUCAUGGCCAUAGCAGCCAUGGCUUUAUCGAGGGCUUCAUCAUCACAAGGCCCAAAUUCUUUUCAUGCGUCUUUAGGAUACCAUUUAGAUUUCAGGCGCUCUUUUCUUUACAAGGUAAGAGUACACAGUCUUCAGUUGAGACGUUGCCACGGCUAUUGUGUCCAUUCUAACUGGGACAAGACAAAUGGUAACAUUAAUGAAGGAGGUGACACCAAGGCAGUGCCAAAGCUUCAUUGGAUUAUGUGGAAUCCAACAAACAGACCAUGUGAAUCAAGUACAAGUUAUGUGAAUCUUUUUGAGAAUGAGUAUGUCCAGAACAUCCCUUUCACAGAUAGCUGA